UAUUUAACACUUAAAUCAAUUUAAUUCAACAAAAAAUGUUAUGGAAUCCUGUGUGGAAAGAAAGCAGGAUAUCGACAGGAAAUGUGUCAACUUGACAAUAUCAGUUGUCAACAUAAAAGAAUUGGAAUUGGUAUAGAUCGGCUUUAUUUCUUUGUUAAGUGAAAUAAAAUUUGGCUAUUAUGUGCCUGAAAAAUAAAUAUAACCAAAAGCUUUUUCUUUAAACAAAACUUAUGUAGUGAUUUUUAAUUCGAAUAACUGGAGUUAACAGAAAAAAGGCAUCAACAAAGCAGUUCUGUUUUUUUUUAGUAUUGGAACUGGCAAAUACAACUUUUUUAUUAAAAAUGGAUAAUGAGUUUUAUGACAGAUCAACAAGUUUACGCCUCCAAUUAGGUUAUGGAAUUGGUCAUGUUUUAAAUGAUGUGUGUGCCAGUUUGUGGUUUACAUAUUUUUUGGUAUUUUUCCACUUGGUUCUUGAAUUUACUUCCACUCAAGCAGGAAAUUUGAUGCUCAUUGGGCAAGUAGUUGAUGCUUUAGCUACUCCCUUCGUUGGCUAUCAUUCUGACCACACAGAUAAUUAUUUAAGUGCAAGAUAUGGCAAAAGGAAAUUGUGGCAUUUGUUUGGUACUGUUUGUGUCCUGUCAUCAUUUCCAUUUAUAUUUAUGGACUGCAUUGGAUGUUCGAUGGCUCACAAAUGGGCACAGAUGUAUUACUUUGCUUCAUUCAUAUUAAUUUUUCAAAUUGGAUGGGCAGCUGUGCAGAUUUCUCAUUUAAGUUUGAUACCGGAACUUGCAGAAGACCCACAUAUAAGAACACAUCUUACAGCUAUUAGAUUUGGAUUUACUGUAUUUUCUAAUUUAUUUGUCUAUAUUAUCACGUGGAUUGUGUUACAUAUUACUGGUGAAUGUGAUAAACAGCAAGUGGGUCCAGCUGAUGCUUGGAAGUUCCGACACAUUGUUUAUAUAGUACUUGGUGUGGGAACAGUAGCAUCUGUACUAUUCCACAUAUUUGUCUCUGAAGAAAGAGGUUUGAGACAACAACAACCAUUAAUUGAUUAUAAUGAUAAUAACAGAGUCCAUUUUAGUAUAUUCCGAAAGGGUAUAUUGUAUCAGGUAGCAAGUAUUUACAUGAGUACAAGACUUGUAGUCAACAUAUCUCAAGUGUUUAUCCCGUUAUAUUUACACAAGACAUUGGGUUUAGCGGCUAGAUCAUUAGCAGUGAUACCUCUAGCUAUGUACCUGGGUAGUCUGCUAGCCGCUGGGGCACAGAGAUUGGCUCCCAGAUCGUUUACCCGCAAACUGAAUUACUUGCUAGGAUCAGUAUGUUCUCUAGCUGCUUUUGUUUGGAUUUAUCUAGAUUCAGAUUAUGACUACAAAGUUUAUUAUAUUUAUGUUGUUGCGGUGCUCAUAGGUUUUGGUGGAUCUCAAAUGCUUGUAACAAGUCUGUCACUGACAGCUGAUCUGGUGGGUGACAGGACGGAGGCAUCAGCCUUUGUAUAUGGUCUUAUGAGCUUCACAGACAAACUAUCAUGUGGAGCUGUCAUUGCUAUUAUACAGUUGUAUGCGGAUGGUGCAAGUACUGAGUACUACCGCAGUGUGCUAUCCUGUGUGUGCGGGGGCGCCACUGUUCUAGGGCUUAUUUGUACACUAACAACGCCUAAGUUAACACCAGAUACUCAAAUUGCUAAUGAUAAUAAUCCAUCUAUCAAUACAAUUGAAGAAACAGGCCCACCAACGGAUUUGCUAUAAAUUAAUUGUAUCAAAAUACUUAAGCAUUAAGUGGCUGUUUCCACUUGGCAGUUAUCUGGCUGUCAUUUUGUAUAGCAAUCGCCACAGCACCAGUGGAAAUAGGUACUAAAUUGCACUGUUGUAGUUCAUUGCUAUAUUUCAAGUACUUACCACAUAUAAGAUGACAUAGGGAAUUGAAAAGCCUGAUACACACAUCUUCAGUUUAAAGCACAGUUUUAACAGAAUAGUCUGAGUGUUAAUUUAAAACUAAAGGAGUAUAGCUGGCUUAAUAUGUAAUUUACAAGGUUAAGUAGCAUCAACUUGUUUUAGUUGCUUUUGUGAUAUUAUAUGUUAAAAUAUUUCGAUUAUUUGCAAAGAUAUUAUUAAUUUAAAAUACAAUUAUACGUAAAUUAUUACAACA